AUGACGGGCUGCUUGGCGGCGCUGGCGGCUGCCGUGCUGCUGCUGCUUUUGCGCGCCCCCGCGCCCUCCAGCGCCGCCCCAGCCAGCGGGUCGUGCGUCGUAGGUACCUUCAUUGGUCUCUGGGCCACACAGCUCAAGUAUACAACCACAUAUCAGCUGAAGAACGGCAGGACCAGCAGGAUCGUUGUGACAGUGAAGCCAAACAGCGCGGACAAUGGCGCGAGGGGCGCAGCCAGCGGGAAGCUGCCGCUGGUCCUUGCAGGGACUAAUUGCAACUUCUCAGACUCAGCCCUGUCUCGGAAGGACCCUGGAUACGAGGCGCUCAACAACGCGCUAACGGGUUUCUCCAUUGGCGGCGCCUCGGCCAUCCUCCCGACUUUCAGAAUCGACGUCUCCAGCUUCCAAGGCAACGUCGACGUAACCAAGCGCCUGGCCACCAACACAACUUUUGCCGUCAACGGCAUGGCCUUGGACCUUGCCAUCAAUGGCAGCCUGAAGCCCGGAAUCAUCAAGGCGUUCCGACCGAAAGUCACCUUCCCGUCCGGAACCAUCGCAAUAACGUCCGACUACUCGCGCGUCCUCAACAGCGGCGCCGCAACCGGCUCGUUCGGCAUCAACGCGACCGCCCUUGCCGCGCUGGCGCCGGUCAAGAAGGCGUCCAUUUGCAAGUUUUCCCUCAAGGGCGCCGCGGGCGGCGGCGCCGCAAAGUUCGUCCUGCGCUGCAGCACCUGGAACGCCGUGCUCGGAAAGUUCACGGCGGGCGGGCUGACGGCCAGCGUCGCGUUCAGGCAGGCGACGGGGAAGGGGGCGGUGGCGCUGCAGGCGGAGGGGCUGCUGUCUGCGGCGUACAGGCUCCCCUAA